CUGGACCGCCAGGGAAUGCUGGGAGGGGACUUUAACGAUCUGAACUUGGUCAGAGAAAUUCGCAGCAUUGGGGAAGACUUGCUGAGGCCCAGAGGGGAGUCCCCACAGGAGACCUGGACUGGAGGUCUGACUGCCUACCACUUCAGGCCUCUCCUAAAACUGAACGCUGACACCAACACCCCCUCCUGCCUACCUCCUAGAUUAUGGAUAAGAGGUGUCGGUUUUGCUACCAGGCAGGUGGGCAAUAUGACCAAGCCUACCACAAUCAUCGAAGUGAAUGGGGACACAGUCAUCAUAAAAACACAAAGCACCUUCAAGAACACAGAGAUCAGCUUUAAGCUGGGAGUCGAGUUCGAUGAGACCACAGCAGAUGACAGGAAGGUCAAGUCCAUCGUUACGCUGGAUGGCGGCAAACUUGUCCACGUGCAAAAGUGGAAUGGACAAGAGACAUCACUUGUGCGGGAGAUGGUUGACGGGAAACUCAUUCUGACACUCACCCAUGGCACUGCAGUUUGCACUCGUACUUACGAGAAACAGGCAUGACCUGCCCUCUCCUUCCACUGACUGCUCUUCUGCCAGUUGGCUACUCCUGGACUCGGCACCAGAUUGCCUCAUUUUUCUCCUCUGGCAUUUUGUAUAAAUCCACCUUGACUGGGGAAGUUCUCCUGGAGUCAGGUGGCACCGGCCUGGAUCCAGUUCCGUUCUCAUUGUGUCUGUUUGUUUUUUUAACUGCAUCCAAAGGGUGCUCUGAGGUCAAUAAAGCAGAGCCAAGGCCA